CCAACUGGGGACCGUUUCCGAACGAAGUGAUAGUUAAUUCUAAUUUUAGAUACGAUUGGGCAGGUCUCAUAGACUUUGGUUACACGGACAGGUGUCGUGUCUAUACUAUAGGGACGGGUCCAUUGUAUUUUCGUGUAUUUCGUCUAAAUCCAGUGCGAGAUGGAACCGAAUGGUUGCCACGAGAUCGGGAUGGAGCCGAAGUUGGUUUUGGAAUUGAAAAGGACGUGAAAGAAAGAUUUGUUAGUGCAUGGCAGAAAGAUGUUGCCGCGAAUUUUGCAUACGUGAAACAAUAA